AUGCAAGCCAUUAAAUGUGUAGUUGUCGGUGAUGGUGCUGUCGGAAAAACUUGUUUACUUAUCAGCUACACGACAAAUGCCUUUCCUGGUGAGUACGUUCCAACCGUUUUCGAUAACUACUCUGCUAACGUAAUGGUUGACCGGAAACCUGUGAACCUUGGUUUGUGGGAUACAGCCGGUCAGGAGGAUUAUGACCGACUAAGACCACUCUCAUAUCCACAAACUGAUGUAUUUUUGCUGUGCUUUUCCUUGGUCAGUCGCACAUCAUUCGAGAAUGUUCGUAGUAAAUGGUAUCCGGAGAUAUCCGCCCAUGUUCCAAAUGCUCCCAUUAUUCUUGUCGGAACAAAACGGGAUCUUCGAGAUAGUCCCAACGGUCUAAAAUCUACUACGUUACCUGUAACCUAUUCAGAGGGUUGCAGAAUGGCAAGAGAAAUUAAAGCUGUGAAGUAUCUGGAAUGCUCUGCUUUAACUCAGUUCGGAUUAAAAGAUGUGUUCGACGAAGCUAUUCGAGCAGUACUCAUGCCUGAAGGAAAGAAAAAGAAACAUAGUUCAUGUGAAUUAAUUUAA